CUCGCCGGGAACUCCGGCCAAAAAGGAGGAGCUGGAGCUGGAGCUGCUGCUGCUUCUGCCUUGUGCGCAUUGGCCGGCCUCCAGCGCCCAGACUCUGGGCUCCACUUCCCUUCCCUUCGGCGGGACGUUGCCGGCAGGUCCGCUUCCUUGGAGCAGGUUUCCCUAGUGCCAUGUUAAUGCUGCUUGCCUUUGGACUACUACUUCAGGAAAACGUGGCCAAGAUUAAAGAUGAAAACCUCACUGAUGGCAGCAGUCUUCCCCAAGUGCAGUUUUAUAGCUAUGGAAAAAUUAACUUGCCAGAAGAGCAUAUCCCCUACUUUUUCCAUAAUAACCAGCAACUUGCUGCAGCCUGUAAGCGGGAUCAUAAUUGCCCAUAUAAAAAAUACUUGAAGAAAUCAAAAGCCUGUUGGGGUUAUGAGAAAUCAUGCAAGCCAGAAAACAGGUUUGGAUAUCCAGUGUGUGAUUAUGCUGAGGCAGGAUGGGCAUCUACCAUCGAAGAAGCCCAGCGUGUCUUCUGGAAUCAGGCUGAUUUUGGUUAUGUUAAAGAGAGGAUGGAUGAAGUGAAGACUUACUGCAAGCCUAAGGCAGUGGGAGAUUCUUCACUUCAGUGUUCCCGUUAUCUUCAGUAUUGCAGAGCCACUAAUUUGUAUAUUGAUUUAAGAAGCCCAAAGAGAACUCAUGAGAGAUUUAAUGAGGACUUCUUUAAGAAGGGUCAGAUUGGAGGUCAUUGUGAUAUGGACACUACAAAUUUCCUUGCUGAAGGGCAAAGGAAAAGCCCUCUACAAUCUUGGUUCGCUGAGCUGCAGACAUAUACGGAAUUGAACUCCAGACCUAUGGAGGAUGGCAGCUGUGAUGUCGUGGUUGACAAACUAACUUAUUUCAUGAAGUUUGAUGCAGGUGUCAAUAUGUACCACCAUUUCUGUGAUUUUGCCAACCUGUACAUUACUCAGCAUAUGAUCAACUCAUUUAGCACAGAUGUCAACAUUGUCAUGUGGGAUACUAGUGCCUAUGGAUAUGGAGACUUGUUCAGUGAAACAUGGAAGGCAUUUACAGACUAUGAAAUAGUACACUUGAAAUCAUAUGAUUCAAAAAGAGUAUGCUUCAAAGAAGCAGUUUUUACAUUAUUGCCUCGAAUGAGGUACGGCUUAUUUUAUAACACACCAUUGAUCUCUGGCUGUCAUGGUACCGGAUUAUUUAGAGCCUUUUCGCAGCAUGUGUUACACAGAUUAAAUGUCACACAAGAAGGACCCAAGGAUGGGAAAAUCAGGGUUACUAUACUUGCCCGAAGUACAGAAUAUCGGAAGAUUUUGAACCAAAACGAGCUUGCCAACGCUUUGAAAACACUAUCAUUGUUUGAGGUCCAAAUAGUGAAUUAUAAAUACAAAGAGCUUGAUUUUAAGGAGCAACUAAAGAUUACACAGAAUUCGGAUAUAUUCAUAGGAAUGCAUGGAGCUGGUCUCACCCAUCUCCUCUUUCUGCCAGACUGGGCUGUCAUCUUCGAACUGUACAACUGCGAGGAUGAACGCUGCUAUUUGGAUCUAGCAAGGCUGAGAGGCGUCCAUUACAUCACCUGGGAAAAGAAGGAUAAAGUCUUCCCCCAGGAUGAGGGCCAUCAUCCAACACUAGGAAAACACCCGAAGUUUACAAAUUACUCCUUCGGCGUGGAAGAAUUUGUCCAUCUCGUACUUUUGGCAGCUGAUCAUGUUUCACAACACUCCAAGUGGCCUUUUAGGAGAAAACAUGACGAAUUCUAAGUCACCUGUAUGGUUUUAUACAGUGUUUUAAAUGUCACCUAUUUUGAUAUACAAUCAUUAAUGGUUAACAUUUUUUUCCUGGAGGGAGAAGGGUAAAAGGUUAAAAGAAAUGGGAGUUACAUCCUAUAUAUCACUCUAAGCCUUUUGUUUCUGCAUUUCACUUUUCUAAGUGUCGAUUUCCCUUUGUACGUUUACUUGAGGAAUUUAUAUUAUGCAAGAUCUAUUUAUUAAGGUUACUAAUGUUUGCACUCUUUCCCCUCCUAUUUAUUUUGUGCUUGCCACCUUCAUUGCAAGAAAAGGAGGUUUGAAGCUACAGAGUUAAAAGAGAAGCACAUCACUUUGAGUCCUUCCUUCUUCUAAUUACUAUAAAAAUGUACAAGAGUUUCAUGACUUUCAUUUUAUUUUAUUGCAUGCACGUCAUUCCACAACACUGGAAAGAUGAUAGGGAAAAGGAAUUUGUAAAAGUUUUCAGGUUAAGUAUUGUAAAGUUCCUUAGGAAAUACAUCAAAUAAUGCUUUUAGACUUCAGUUUCUAGCAGUCCCAACAAGGAAAGCUGGUGGGAGCUGAAGUCCAACUUGCACCCAAAAUUGACCACAUAUUAAAGUAGAGAACCUAGAAAUUCCUUUCUAUACCCUCCAUCAUGAUCCCGUUGUCAGCAUCUGCCAGACGUUGGCAACAGAGGAUCUAGAGCAGUGGUUCCUAACUUUUUUUGACCAGGGACCACUUUGCCCAGGGACCACUUGAACAGGGAAGACUUUCCCCAGGGACCACUCUCCAACGUUAGUACUGAAAGGUAUAUGAAUCAGCUUUUGAUCAACUUUAGAUUUGGUUUGAUUAUUUGGGGUGCUGAUUCAGAAAAUUGCAUUGGAUAGGCCAAUCAGCUCUAGUUUCUGAUAUAGAGUAUAUGCCAUCCAAUAGUCGCCAUCUGCUCACCCACAGAAAACCACAUUUAAUAAUCUAGAGCUGAUGUUGUCUAUCCAAUGAAAUGAUCAGCUUUGUGGAAAGGAAUGGAAAUAAAAUAAAUUAAAUAAAUAAAGAAGGAGGAGGUUCACGGACCAGAUUUUUGUUUUUUUGGCCCAGCAGGUUGAGAACCACUGAUCUAGAGAUUAAAGAGAUAACAUUUUAACCAAAAACAUGAAUAAGCACAGAAUAAUAGAUUUGGAAAAGAUCACAAGGGCCAUCCAGUCAAGCCUUUUGCCAUACAGGAACAUACACUCAAAGUACUUCUGGCAGAUGGCCAAUCAAACCAGCAAAAAUGGAAGGACGACUAUGUAUCCAACAUUAGAACUACUAUAUAUAUUCAUGUAUAAGGGUGCAAAUUAUAGUUUUAAAAUCGACCCCAAAAACUGGGCCGACUUGUUUACAGCUCAGUGAAAGUAAUCUAUAUAUAUAAAAGGGUAAUGAAAUUUUGACCUAGGACAAAACAACAAAACUACACAUCCCAGAAACACUAAACUUGGCAGCACAACCCCUCAUCCAUGCCUCUAUGUUCAUACAACAAAAAGAAAAGAAAAAUAAAGUCCUAAUUAGAGGGAGAAGGAAUAAUUGUUUUUAUCCAAUUGCUGCCAGUUAGAAGGCUAAGCUCCGCCCACUUGGUCUCCUUGCAACCCACUCAGCCCAGGGGACAGGCAGAGUUAGACCUCACUUAGGCCUCUUCCACACUGCCUAUAAAAUACAGAUUAUCAGAUUUGAACUGGAUUAUAUGGCAGUGUAGACUCAAGGCCCUUCCACACAGCUAUAUAACCCAUUUAUAAUGGACUUAAUGUCAGGGGAAAACCUUUACCCUUUACCUUACCUACCACCAAUUUCUCAAGACUUUAUUUCCCAUACCACCAUACUUCACCACAGAAAUGUGUGGCCGGGCACAGCUAGUCUAUAUAUAUAAAAGGGUAAUGAAAUUUCGGCCUAGGACAAAACAACAAAACUACACAUCCCAGAAACACUAAACUUGGCAGCACAACUCCUCAUCCAUGCCUCUACGUUCAUAUAACAAAAAGCUCCAGCUACUCCAGAAAGCGGCCAGGCUUUGAGACUGCAAGGCUAUUCCCUGCUAUUCCACCUGACCAACAAAGGAUUCCCAUAAGCCACAGCAACGAGUGGCCGGGUACAGCUAAUAUAUAACAUCAUCUCUACUAAAGAUAGUAAAAAGCAAAAGCUUUGUCUAUGUAGAACCUAGAAGAAGCACUGACUCCCUGUGGUGCUGCUUCUAUCCUUUUUGAAUGCCUGGAAGGGAAAAUGGUGGCGGUGGCAGCUGGGGUAUCUGGCUCCCUGAAGCGGUGCUGGCACCUAUGUCUUUCCACAGAAUGAGCCUUCACUUAUCAAUAGGUCAUAUCAAAAUCCCUAAUUUUUGUCCCAAAAACUGCUCUUGACUUAUACUUGAGGUCUGGUUGUACAAGAGUAUAAGAGUAUGCCUAGCAUAUGUGGUAUCUAGAGUAGUCCGAUUAAAAUAGAAAGGCAGGUUAAUUGCAAUUAAUAAGCACCCUUCAUUUCAACAACACUUUAAAAUGCUUAACUUUAAAUAGUAAGGGUAUACCCAUCACUUUUUUCUGACGAAGAAAACAAAUCUCCAGAACAGAGAGCAACUUUGAGAGUAAUUUGAAGUUGUGCAUAGCAGGAUUUUUAUAUUCAGGCCAAUAGUCAAAACAAGGGUAUUUUCUGGAAUUGGGUUGCAUAGCUGUUUUUGGUUUAAAAUAAAAUUGCCUAGUUGAGGCAUGUCUUUUUUUAAAAGUACGUUUAUCAUAAAGUGUACUUUGGAUCUUGAAUAGCUCUCAGGUUUUCAAGCAACUCUGAUUUACCUUCCGGCUUGGCUUUUUGUUUCUAUUGCUGCACCCAUCCAUUUCAUAUUUACAUUGAUUAUGUAGUCAUUUAAUUAUUCAACAGGUCUGUGAUGUACCUGUGUGGCCUGAGGACAGAUCAUGUAGCAAAUGCCAUAAUUGCUUUCUUCUCACCAGUAAAGUCCUAAUUCUAGAACUAUGAUGCUGUGCAUAACAGAGCUCAUUUCCUGAUGCAGAGGUCUGUUUAUAAACGGGACUAGUAUUUUAAACUGUCUUACAAAAACAAAAACGAGAUAUCCAUGUGCAGAAGUGCUUCCAAAACAAAACAAAACUUUUCAUAUGUUUUCAAGAAUUCGAGUCUUGUGGCAGAUAUUUAACUUAAAGCUUUCAGAUAAUUAAUUACCUUUAAGUAGAUCAGUGGUUCUCAACCUGGGGUCCCCAGAUGUUUUUGGCCUUCAACUCCCAGAAAUCCUAACAGCUGGUAAUCUGACUGGGAUUUCUGGGAGCUGUGGGCCAAAAACAUCUGGGUGCCCCAGGUUGAGACCCACUGAUGUAGAUGUUGCCAUUAUUUAUGUCCAGAGUCCCAUUUAGGUUGCUAUUCUAGUAUAAAAUAGUUGGAUGAGUAGUUACACUAUUUUGCAGUAGCACAAUAGCACACAAAAGAACCAAACCAUAUUACACACUACAUAAUCACUUAUACAGGAGUGGCAUCCAUUAUAACUAUUGUUAUAUAUUUAUGUUACACUCAAAGGGGCUAGGACCUUGGCCUAUGUCUUUACAAAAAUAAUGGCAUAUAUACCAAUACACUCUAGACCUUGCUUCUUUCAAAGUCCCUGUGACUUCAGUAGGCACAUCGCUUUGAAAACCAAUGCCUUGAGAGUUUAUCACAGUUGUGGCACAGGCCCAUUUCUCUCCUGUCCUCUUAACUAUGGACAUGAAAUCAAUGGAACUUAACAGUUAGUUACAGCAAGCCUAAAUCUUAAUGAUUUUAGUAGCUCUGCUCUAAGCAUGACUAAAUCUGGAUGCAAGCUAUGGAAAGUACCAAGUCAAUAUUGUUACUGACUUGCAUAUUUUAUUGACAUGUUUUGCCUUUGGUUUGACAGCACUCUAGUAUCUCUUUCCAGGUGAUCACUUUGGAAUAAGGACGGAAGGUUUGUUGUAAGGAGGACUUCAUUUCAGAGUUUUGUCUUGUUUGUGUAUAGCAUUUUGGAGGCCAGGUAAACACUAUAUCAACUCAAUCAAGUGUCCAUGACAUGCCUAGUGUCCAUUGUAGAAAUACUGUAGUAUCUAAAAUAAUUUAAAUUAAUAUAUACCACCAUAUCACCUUGAAAAUACUUUAUCUCAUCUGAAAUUUGAAACUAAGAUAGGUUAAUUUUCAUUAGCUCUUGGAAUGGCUGCCACAUGAGGUAUUAAGCGGGUUUUGGAGAGAAUCCUGCCUAAAAUCAUGAUAUUGGAUAGAUGGGUCAAUGGUCUGAUUCUGAAUUAACCACCUCUCUUGAUUUCCAAAGUAGUUUGCAUCUUUUUUCAAACAUGAGCACAUACCUAACACACAUAUACAUACAUGCACAAACAGCAAGGGAUUGAAACCUGUGUUUGAACACAAUCCUGAAUGAGUCGCUAGCAAAUUUUGCUGCAUAGAAUUGGCCCUCUAAAGCCUCAAAGAAACAUUUUUCUCAUUGGUAUGCAAAGGCAAGAAAGUGUUAUAUUGUACUUGAGUGGUAUGUAACCAUGGAUAUUAUUGACUUCUAUUUCUUAACAAUCAUAAGCAAUUUCAUAGAGUGUGGGCCUAUUUGCUGUCCUGCCUAUAGGGGUAAAAUGAAUUACUGUAAUAGUGGCUUACAUAUAGAUCUCCUGUGAUUUGAAGCAUUGCAAAAGAUCUCUGAAAUGGAAUGAAUUACGAGAUUUGCCUUCCCUUCUUGAACCAGGGCAAUUGACUGAGAAAGCUGUGUUUAUAGAACUCGAUAGGAACUGUAAAAGCAAAAUUGUACUUUUGACAUGUAAAAUAAGUAUUUCAAAAUGCACUGUUCUUUAAAAAAAUUUCAUUGAUCCAUAAGCUUCAUUUUAAACAAGCCGAAAAAUAUAAAUAUGUGUUAGAAUGAUUAUAUAAAAGUGCCAUUAAAAAAAGAAAUGGGGUUAAUGCGAACAUUCAUAUAUUUACUUAGGAAGAAACACUUUAUUGAGUCAGAUCACUGUAUCUUACCAUCAAGAGUUGUGUCAGAAUCCAAAAUGGGAAGUAUUUUGUAAGGUUUUCUAUAGAACUGUUUGCUGCCUGAAACAAAGUGUUGACCCUUGCCCUGUAUCUCAGCAGUAAGCUCAAAUCCUUGUGAAGUGACCUAUAGUGAUUUUAUUGUCUUCAGUAUAUUUCUGCAUGGGUCAAAUGAAAGGUUCUCUCCUUUAACCCUCUGCAAUCAGUUCAGGCGAUGUAUGGCUAGUUCCACAGCAGAAGCUUUUCUUCUAGGGCCCUUCCAUACAGCCAUAUAACCCAGAAUAUCAAGGCAGAUAAUCCACAAUACCUGCUUGGAACUGGAUGAUCUGAGCCCACACUGCCAGAAAAUUCAGUCCAAUUGGAUUUUACAAGAAGAAAUGCAGGUUUCUCUGGAGCUUCCAGGUGUUUUUGAUGUUGGGACAGCUGGUUUGGGCUGGAUCUAGGGCAAUCUAAUGUCCACACAUCUGAAUGACCCAUCGCUGUUUCACUGACCAGAAUUAACUACCUGGCAAAGCCUUGCUAGUGAUAUCAUGUUUCUAGUUUUCACGUGGUUUCUUGCAGAGAUCUUUGCAUAUAAUAUUCAAUGUUUACCUGAAAAAAGACAUAAUUAUCUCCCCCAAUGUAAUUCAACUUCAGUAGAACAUUAUCUUUAGUAGAACAUUAUCUUAGUCACUUUGGAUCUAUUGUUUGCUGCUGCUCCUACUUGCCAUAAGCAAAGGCAUUGCAUUGUAUCUAUACCUGGAAUACAUGUAUCUUACUACAGGAUAUAUCUUGAACUGGUCUUGGCCAGUUGGGCAGAUUGGGGACAGAUUCAGUCUCUGCUGGAUGGACAACACUCCCCUCAAAGGCUCAGGGUCACAACUUGGAUGUAAUCAUGGAUUCAUUCUUGAAUCUGGAUCAUGACUCCACUCUAUAAAUGCUGUAAAUAAAUAAAUAAAAUAAAUAAUUCCCUUAGCUCUGUCGUGUGGAAUCCUAGGAUUUGCAGAGACAAUAGAAGUGAAAGAAAAACACUAAAAUUGUGUAAGGUGAAAGAACCCCAGGUUUUUGUGGGUGUCCAGGUGUGUAUUUGCACAGUACAUUCUUUUCAGACUAUAACAACAUUGUAUAGUACCAGUGCACAUAAGACUGCAUUUGAAAGGUAUUUCAAAGCUCCAACUGGUCCAAUAAGUCACAGAUUGCUGCAACCAGCACAUUAUGACAGCUUCAAUGGAAACAAGUCUGCUUCCAGGGAUAACUCAACCUGCUAUUGCAUAUAAUCCUUUUGUAUGACUGAACCAAGAGUAUUCAGUCUUUUUUCUAGCCAGGUUCAGUAAUCUAAGGCCUAUGUGAGUUUUGAGUUUUUCAGGCACGACUGUGGAUGCAUCUGUACUGUAGCAUUAUUGCAGUUUGAUACCAUGACGCAAUGGUAUGCAAUCCUGGCAAUUUUACAAAAUCUUUAGCCUUUUCUGCCAAAAAGGAUGCUGGUGCAAAAUCGCAGGAGUCUAUAGCAUUGAGUCAUGGCAGUUAAACUAGGAUCAAACUACAUUGGUUCCACAGUGUAGACACACUUUCUCUUUGUGUAGAACAGUGGUUCUCAACCUGUGGGUCCCCAGAUGUUUUGGCCUUCAACUCCCAGAAAUCCUAACAUCUGGUAAACUGGCCGGGAUUUCUGGGAGUUGUAGGCCAAAACACCUGGGGACCCCAGGUUGAGAACCACUGGUCCAGAAGUACAUUUCUGUUGUUCUGAUGGCUACUCCCAGGAUCUGGAACUUGCUGCCAUGAGAAGCUGAACUACACUUUUUCUUCCACUGCACAAGCCUUCGACAUUUAAGCUUGGUUACCAGAUGUGUUAACAAGUUGAAUGCUGUUUUAUUUAAAACAGAUGUGUUUACGUUUGUUUUAAAACUGUUUUUUUUCUGUGUUAAUAUACUUGUUUUGUUUUAAUUCUGUUACUGUAUGCCCCUUUUGAUGAAAUUUCUUUGGGGGAAAGCAAGCAAAUAUAUUACCCUCCAAGAGACGCAAGAUACUUUGUUUUUUAGACUGGAGAGAGUUGUCAUUAAUUGCAAAUGCAACAAAAUAUUUCUACAAGACAGGUUGUGUCCUGUUUGCACUACUAAUUCUUUUGAAAAGCUUUUUUGCUAUUGACAUGAAUUGAGUUUGCCAAAUGUGUUUUUGUUUCUAAAUAGAUAUCAGUGUUAACUGUAGAUGUUGACUCUGUUUUUGAAAUAAAUACUAUCUUGAUGUUUA